GCAAGGAGCAGUGGCUUUGUACUAUAAAAGAGAUCUGUAUGAUUUUGUAAAUGGAACACAAGUGAGCAGUGAAGGUUUGAUGGAUGCUAUUGUGUAUGGCAGAGGAGCUUUAAAUGCCAACAUACAACAACUGCUAAAUACACUGACUCCUGGGAGAAGCAUGGUAGUGGAGAAUGUUACCUCAGCAGGGGAGAUGUCUAUUAGUAGGUGUGACCACAAGGCAUCCCCUGGGGCAGUCAGUUAUGUCCUGUCACAGCCAACACCCAAAGCCAUCAACAACUGUAGCUUGGCGCCCAGGGUACCUCCAGCUUCAGGACCUGUCCCUGCUGGGGUCCCUAAUGUGAGGAUAAAUGAAUUGAAUACAGAUUCUCCAGAUGCCAAUAAGAUGGUUUACAUAGAACUGAUCGGAAACUCCAGCACCUCCCUGGAUGGACUGACUCUAGUAGCAUACAGUGGCCAGAAUGCAAACAAGGCUUCAUACGUCCUGGACUUGACAGGACAGAAGGUCAAUGCAAAAGGUUUCUUCUUAAUAGGAAAUUCAAACGUCCAAGGUGCUGACCUAUCUCAACCAGACAAUAUCUUAAGAAGUGAUGGCCUAAAUGCUUUGGUGUUGUACAAAUUAAAUGCCUCAGGUUUUGUGAAGGACCAAACACAGGCUUUCAGUAAUGGGAGUGUGGUAGAUUUUAUUGUAUACGGCAAUAUCUCUACCUCUGUGAAUAGUUCAAUAAGUCUCUUGGACAUUUUUGCCACUGGGCAGAAGCAAAUAUAUGAGAAUGAUCAAAACCUUCACCAUGAUGAGUCCAUCUCUCGCUGCUCUCCCCAUAGCAUUGGUGACAUGAUGGCUUUUAGCGUGACCAUUCCAACACCAGGGGCUCCAAACAACUGCGACAGGCCCACAGUUUUGAUCAAUGAAAUCAACGCAGACUCCCCUGGCUCAGAUGACAAGGAAUUCAUAGAACUGUGGGAUGGAGGGUCUGGCAAUACUGCUCUUAACUGGAUUGUAUUGGUAUUAUAUAAUGGUGCAAAUGGACAAGCUUACUAUACCCUUGACCUCACCAAUGAGCGCACAGAUGCUAAUGGCUUCUAUAUUGUUGGUGGAGCUAAUGUUGCCAAUGUGGACCAUGUCUUGAGCCUAGCAGGACGAUCUGUUAGCAUUAUUCAGAAUGGGCCAGAUGCUAUAGCUCUCUACAGGGGCCAUUCCUCAAACUUCACAACUGGUAUGUCUCCCACCAAGAAAGGCUUGAUAGAUGCUGUUGUGUAUGGAACAAAUGACGCACAGAAUAGAGUUCUUCUGGACUCUUUACUACAAAGUGGACAAAUGCAGAUAAAUGAAGACCCAGAGUUCUUGAAUGGAGAUGAAAGUAUUAGCAGAUGUAGUUGCAGUACCCCCAUGGACUACCAGUGCUUUACUCUGACCACACCAUCACCUAAAACUGGGAACAACUGCACCAACCCAACACCAAGACCCUCCACUACAGUGGCAGUGCCAACUGGAGAUCUGCCUAAAGUUGUCAUAAAUGAAGUUAAUGUGGACCAGCCAGGGUUGGAUAUAACAGAGUUCAUUGAGUUAGCAGGCCCUCCUGGAGCCAGUCUAGCUGGUUACUCCUUAGUUCUGUUCUCCUACAGUGUACCAUUAAAGAGGGCUUCAGUGUCGGCACAGUUUAACCUGAAUAAUUACAGAAUUAGUAAUACUGGACUGUUCUUAAUUAGUAACCACACAAGGUUUUCUGUGAAAACAGAUUAUGUGUUACCUAUACCGGGUAUCAUAGAGAAUGGCAUAGAGGCCAUUGUUCUCUAUGACAACAGACAGUUGACUAUUUCUGAUGCAAUGCAGCCAACCCAGCAGGGAGUUAUGGAUGCUAUUGUCCACUGUACGUCAGUCUGGGACAGAGACUUGGGAAAACAACUCAUCACGACACUGGGACUUAAAGGCUCUGCAGCCAUUGUUGAGGAUGCAACUUUUCACAGAGAUGAUGAGUCAAUCAACAGAUGUGAUGGCAAUGACACCAUGGACUUAAGCAGCUUCAAACUGAGCCUUGUUACCCCUGGCAAGCCAAACACCUGCCCUAAAAUCAAGUUUGCCCGCCCAGUGCAACUGAAGCUGAUCAAUGCUGACUGCAGAGAAUGGAGAAAUAAUGUCUCACUUUUGUUCGUCUUCAAGGAAAAUGUUGCCUAUUCCAUUAAUGAGCAGUGUAACUGCGGGUUCUCUGCAGAUUACAUAGCAGAUUUGAAGGUACAUUGUGGUGGCAGUGUGGUCCUGGUGUUCAGUAUCAUAGGGACUUCUGAAGAACAUAUCAAGAAUGUCUACUCAUCAUUUAUUGAGUAUGUGAACAGUAGUAAGAGCAUCAAAGUAGCCGGCCAUCAGUAUAACCUUGAAUCCUGCAUAGACAACAAGUGUUAUAUACAGCCCAGUGGACAGACAGGGAAACCAGGUCAGCUGGGAGUGAGCGUUGGUGUAGGGCUGGGUUGUGCUGCAGCCCUCAUUGUAGUCAUUAUUGUCACUGUGAUCUGUAUAAAGAAGAGAAGAAGUGGAACCCUGCACUUCCAAAUGGCACGUUUUGAUGACACAGAUGAUGACCUAGAAGAUGAAUGGGUGGGAGGUGCACCGGCCAGUUUUAACAAUCCUCUCUAUAGUAAAAUACUCUCCUGAUUAUCAUUUAAUAUCAUCCUGUUAUUAUAUGUUUAGCAGGACAUCAAUAUUUUUUGGAUUUAAAAAAAAAUUAUUAAAAGGAAGAAGAUUAUAUUUGGAUUAAUUUAUUCAACAAAAAUAUGAAAAAGGAGACUAAUUGAUAUGCCUUUUUAAGUAUCUGUUUGUUGCCCAAGAAGAUCAUGCACUAAUUUGAAGUAAUUAAAAUAGGGAGUGAUUUUGAUGUAUAACCACAUGUAUGAUCUUAAAACAAUGCUCAUAAAUGUGUGUAGAAAAGGAAAUGAAUCUGAAUGUGCCAAUUUUAACCCGUUUAAAGUGAUAAAAGGAUGAUAUUCAGAGGAUUAACUCUAUUGAAGUGAGAUCAUUCUUGGUAUCUUCAUUAUCAAAGUAUCAUUUAUUUUUUAGUGCUAGAACCCAAUCUCACUCUGAGAAGAACCUCUUAAAAUUAGAUCUGAUUUUUAGAUUAUGAUUCUCACUUGAUUGCCUAAAGUGAUAUCUUUGGAAGGCCAUGAACUCCAAAUGAAAGCACAAUGUUUGUUGAGAUAGUGGUAUUGACACAUGCUUUUAUGUUUUUGUUUCUUUUUACUGAAUUUGUACAUGCCAUAAAGCAGUGCAAUUGAUUAUCAAAUACAUUUCAGUUACAACGUCUGUGGUUGAAAGGUAUCUUUUAGAUACUAUUAAAAAAAGAGAUUUUACUUGGAUUAGUCAUUUACUCAAAUUCUCUCUGACCCAAUACUUCAUGUUCUGUUUUUGAAUGUAAAUGUACCUCUUUGUCUUUUGGUUAAGUUACAGUGAGAAAGUAUGUUUAGCCUUAAUUGCAGAGAGUAAGGGGAAUUUAAAAAAAAAUGUAUAUUGAUCCAAGCAACAUGGAAACAGAAUGAAUUUAAUUAAGUUAUUAAUAAUAAGUAAAUAUAGUAUGAAGUCCAUUAACAGUUUUUCAAAAUGAAUGCUGUCUAAAUGCUCUCAUGAAUGCUUCAUAUUUUCUUGGUUGUUGAAAUUUUGAAUAUAUUAAUAUGAUAUUUAUAAAUAUAUUGUGUGAGUUUUUAUAUCAUAUCAAACUGGAUGCUUUAUUUUGUUUGUUGGUAGGUGGUAGUAAUCUGCAAUGUUAAAAUACAAAAACUGAUUAUCUCCUGAAGCAUAGAUUACAUUUGCCACGUGAUGUCUGUAAAGUGCUCUUAUACAGCCCAUAAAUCCAUUUUCAAGUGGCAUCUGUGCAGAGGCAGAUGACCAUGCGAAAUCAUUGGAAAUUGUACAGAUUCAUGAUAAUGAUAAUGGUUGAACCUGCUUUUAGUCUCUUUCCCUACCCUCGUUGGUAGUUUUGUAGCAGGCAUAACAAUGGUAUAGAUGUUUAAAACUUAGUGUAAUUCAAUAGCAUAAAUUUGAAAUUGAUUUUCCAAAAUUUGACCACAAAGGUAAAAAAUGAUAGGGGGCCACACAGAAGGCGUACUGCAACUGCACUGAGACUGAAAUGGAUUCGUACGAUAUCAACCAAAAAUAAAAACAAAAAAAAUAUUCCCCACUUGACCGCCGUAGCUCACAGCUACUUAUAAUGUCAAAAAAUUGUACAGAAAAUUGUGUACAAUUUCAACGUACGGCACCAGUGGCAAAUGUAAUCCAGGCCUUAGCAACACGAAAGGCUGCAAUUUGUUUUGAAUUAGCACAGCUUCAUUGCAUUGGCAGUGGCAUGUUUUAGUAGAGAAAUGUUACAAAGUAUUAACUUAGCACAAGUUGAGUUGCCAAAAAGAUGGCAAACAUUUACUGUAACAGAGAAGUAUACAUGGGACCCUCUAAGUAACAUAGGUCUCUGCUUGUACCAACUAAUAGUCAUGGACUAUACAAACUUAUUGUCCCUCUCUUCAACCCAAUGCCAUUAAAGUAUUACGGAUUGAGUUCAGUUGCAUAAUAUAUAAUGAUAAAUGUAGAUUUUAGCCCUUAUACUUCAAUAUUCAAGCAUAUCUUUUUCAUACUAGAUUUAUAACCUACUAAUAAUAAAUAUGAUAAGAAAAGUAAUCUUUCACUUUGCAAGUUAAGUUUAUUUAAGAAUUGGUCAGGACUGACCGUCCUAAAAAUGAAAUUUAAUUCUAAAAAUUUCCACUGAAUACAAAUUUAUUUGUGUCAUACUAAUUGUUUCCCAUAUUUUUUGUACUAUAACUUUUUUACUUUACCACUGAGCAUUGACUCUCCAAUUUUUUGUCAAAUUUGUGUUUGUAAAUAUUUAGUAUUUAGUUACCAAAGGACAUUUUAAGAAAUAUUUGUGAGUAAAAUGAUUUUGUAUUGUAUCUAAGAGUAUUGAUGAUUUAGGCAUAUUAUAUUUUACCAUAAAAUCGAGUUGGAAAAAUCUGCUUCCGCCAUGUUUGCAAGAACUGACACUGCCCAAAAAGCAAAUUUGAGUGCUCAUUUAUAAUACUUUACCCCUAAAUUAUCUGGUCACAUUUCUUUACAAGGUUAUCUUUUUUUUUUUUUUGAUUGUUUCCAAUUGGAGUUUUAAGGUGCAAAUUAACGUUUACUUCAUAUUAAUUCUGAAACACUGAAUAUGCUUAGAUCUGAUAAUGUGUGAAGUGAUUUUAGUAUCAGGAAGGAAGGAAGGAAGCAGCUAUUAGGAUCUGAAAGUCAUUAAUUGUGCCAAAUUAAAUUAUAAAAUAUUUAUGAGCAACAUAUGGCAGGUAUAACAUUUUUCUGCGCACAACAUGUAGCAUGACUUAUGUUAAAGAUUUUUGACAAUAUUCCCAUUCACUUGAAAAAUGUGGGCAAAACAACAUGGUUAUUAAGCUAAAGUUUAGAUGUACAUCACAAUUAUUGUAAUUGAUAUUAUGUCAACAGUGUAAAAUACUCUGCAAAGUUAACAACUAAAAUUCUUUAAUGUUCUCACGUCCAAAGUUUAUUUCUCUUCAGUGAUUGAGAUAUUGGUAGUACUGUAAUGUCUUAUAAAGUAAUGCUCCUUCAAGUUGUUAAUUUCUCAUUUACUCAAAUUUAUCAUCAGUUUCAAGUCAUUCCUUUGCACUAAUUUUGCUUGGCAUGCAACUAUAUUUUAAUACUGAUCAUUUAUAUUCGGUACAUAAAGAUAAAUAUCUCAUAUAUUUCACUUAUUGGUAGCUUGGAAAAAUGUGUUAUUCUAUGAUACUGUUUAUAACCAUUGCUCUUAAGUCUUAAGAUGAUACUUAUAGUUGAAAGUAAUGAUACCUAAUCAUUAUUGUUACAGUGUAUCAUUAUUUCUUAUCAUACAUCAUAUAUUAUCCCAGUGUGUUAAUGUUAUUCAGAAUUGUAUUAGUUCAUUUUAAAGAGUGUCUCUGAAUGUAAAUUGAUGUUUGCUUAAUUUCUUAUGAGGUUUAAGAAAUCAACUGAAUUUUCUCUUAAAUACGUAUGUAAGAUUAUAAGAAAAGAGCUUUUAUGAAAUGAGAUGUGUAUGUUCAAAAUUUCUUUGAGAUAUUACGAGUUAACUGUAAAUUCUAGUCGAUUCUAAGAUCGUCUACAUGAACAGUUCAGGAAAUCAACUGAAUUUUCUCUUAAAUAUGUAAGAUUACAAGGAAAGUACUUUUAUGAAAUAAGAUGUGUAUGUUCAAAAUUCCUUAGUUCAUGACACAAGAGUCCUCAAAUAGGAAUCUGCAUAUUGUAUGUUUGCAUUUGUUAUGUAUACUAAUUUAAAUAACAUUCCAUAUUUGUGUUGGUGCAUGUAUUGUAUUAUUGAAAGUAUGUAAUCAAAAAGGUGGUUGAUAAAUAAAUACAUUCAUAAUUACA